CCCACACCCCCAACACCACCACGUAACUGCGUGCACUCUCUCUCUCUCUACAACAAGAAUUCAUCUAUUCAUUUCAGCCCAUCAGCAUGGCGAAGGAGAAGAAAAACUUGUCCAACAAGAACAAGAAGCCAAGCAAUGCAGACGAGGUUCACUUCCGCGGAGUCCGGAAGCGCCCCUGGGGCCGCUAUGCCGCCGAGAUCCGCGACCCCGGAAAGAAGACCCGCGUCUGGCUCGGCACCUUCGACACCGCCGAGGAUGCCGCCCGCGCCUACGACGUCGCCGCCCGAAACUUCCGUGGCCCCAAAGCCAAAACCAACUUCCCCUUCCUCCCCGACAACAACACCAACGUUAACCUCAACAAGAAGAACAACAACGUUAACGUUAAAUCUGACAGUCCCAGCCAGAGCAGCACCGUGGAGUCCUCCACCCCGGAGCGUGAAUUCACGCGCCGCGCCGCCCCCGCCGCAAUGGAUCGCUUUCCGUUCCUACCCAUCCAGCAGCAAAUCCUCGUGACCCACCCCGUCGCACCCAUGCGCCCGGUUUACUUUCUCGACCGGGCCCACUUCAUGACCCAGCCCUUCCCACUCCGAUUCGAACCGGGUCCGGUCCAGAGCGACUCCGACUCGUCCUCCGUCGUCGUCGAUUGCCAGCCCAAAAGAGAGCUCAAUCUCGAUCUUAACUUGGCUCCACCUAAUGAAUAUUAACCUUUUUUUUUUAAUCUUUUAAUUUUUCAUAAAAAAGACAGCAGAAAGAAAGGAAAGGACUAAGGAGAUUUUUUUUUUCUCUUUUUUUUUUGGAAGAUUAAUCUUCCAUUAAAUUGUCGUGUAGAUUAGAUAAGAUGUUGUUAAUUACAUCCUUUGAUGUAAAUAGGUUAAUUUUUCUGUUUUUUUAGGUCCUUGAUAGUAUUAACAAAGGACAUGAUCUGAAAUUGUCUAGAUCUGGUAUAAUUUUCAUGUAACAUCGGAAUAUCUGAUGUAAUUCUGGCUAAUGUUAAUUUUCUCUUAUUACAAUAAUUUCUGCUAUUGA